GGGUCGUAAGUGUGGUCCUGCAUUGUGCAUUUCAAAAGGAGCAAAGGCAAAACACUCAGACCAACUGCCUGCCUGCCUGCUGGUUACUCUUCCACUCUGGAGUGGCUCAGCGAGGCCGACGGCUACGGCCCCAUAAUGGACAGCGCAGCGCAGAGGGCAAUUGAGGUCACACUUCAGACAACCAACAUGCGCGGUGACAACAACCGUUAUUGAUGAUGACAGGGGUUUGUUGUUGUGAAUGAACUGCCCUGCAAUAUGAAUGGAUGAUGUCCGGCAUGCUGUGGUGGAUCUGGAGGUGAAAUAUGGCGGAAUGGCAACUGGCCUUAACGAAGGAAAGUGUGAGAUGGUGACAGGAAGUGAGUGGGAGAGAGAAACAGGGCAGGAUCAUGAAAUGAUGACCUCGCGCCGGAUUCGAACAAACCAUGCCCUCAUCGGAAAGGCCUGGAUCUCAGAGAGGGCUGACCUGAAAAAAGCAGUGUUGGAGUAUUGUGCAGGAACAGAUGCGACUGUUGUUUUGAGUGGACUACUUGGGACUGACACUAUUGUGCUAACACAGUUUCAAAACUCUGAAAGACCCUGCUGCUCAACACACCUGCACUCUACUGUGACUACAGUCUUUUUCUGUUCUGCCCCUGAAAUCAGCACAUUUGGCGAUAUUCUUCAUUUAAGAGGAGGCUUACAGCGUAGUAGUAGUAGCACCAUGGUUCUGGCUUGCGCAAUCGAGAUGAGCCCAGAGAUAGCCUCCAUGACCAGCCCCCAGGAGAUCUCCGCAGCUCCCCAGGCGAAGGCAUCCAAGGGGAGAGGGAACCAGCACCACCAUCCGCAGCAGCAGCAGCAGAAGCGGUACAUGCAGAAGGACGGCCACUGCAACUUCUCCUUCCAGCAGACCUCUGGUGAGUGGGGCCACUACGUGACGGACAUCUACACCACCCUGGUGGAGAUCCGCUGGAGGGUCAUGCUCCUGGUCUUCUCCCUGGCCUACAUCCUCUCCUGGCUGACCUUUGCACUGCUCUACUUCCUGAUCGCGUACUUGCACGGCGACCUGGACAUAGGGGAGGAGGGCCCCACCGAGCUGAAUCCGUGUAUGCUAAAUGUGCACAGCUUCACGGGCGCUUUCCUGUUCUCCAUGGAGACCCAGGCCACCAUCGGCUACGGCUUCCGGGGCAUGAACGACGUCUGCAUGGAGGCCAUCGUGGUGGUGACGGUGCAGGACGUGCUCAGCUGCUUCAUCGACACGGCCGUCAUCGGCGUGGUCAUCGCCAAGAUGGCCUGCGCCCGCAAGAGGGCCCACACGGUGGGCUUCAGCAAGUGGGCGGUGGUGAACGUGCUCGACGGCGCCCUCUGCCUGCAGUGGCGUGUCGGCGACUUCCGGGGCAACCACAUCCUGGAGGGCGAGGCGCAGGGGCAGCUGGUGCGCCGCCAGUGCACUACACAUCCCCCGGGGAGCGGGGGCGGGAGCGGGGGUGCCGAGGUGAGCGUGACCUUCCAGGACCUGAAGCUCAAGUGCCGCUCCCUCUCGCUGGCUACGCCCGCCACCGUGGUCCACGUGUUGGACCAGCACAGCCCCCUGUACGGCCUGAGCCCCCAGGCGCUGGUGCAGGAAGAGCAGGGCCUGGAGCUGGUGGUGUCCUUCACCUACACGGACGACUCCACGGGGAUGCUGAGGCAGACGCGCACCUCCUACACCCCCGGGGAGAUCCGCUGGGGCCAGCAGUUCCAGCCCAUGCUGCGGCUGGGCAGGAGGCACUACCACGCCGACUACUCCCUCUUCCACCAGACCAGCUGGGUGCAGGUGCCCAUGAUGAGCGCUCAGGAGAGGGACGGGGCACGGGGGGCUAUUGUGGCUGCAGGGAGCGGGGAAUCAAGCGGGCAGGCAACGCGGCUGAAACUGCCAGCUCGCCAGAGGGAAAAGACUGACUCACUGGUGCUCCAAGAGGCCUGGCUUUAGGACUGACAUCCCUUCCACAUACGGAAAUGAAAUGUAUAUAUAGUAUCAUUAUGUAGGACAUUUGUGUGUAUCAAGUUCUCUCUUUAAAACGAUGUAACCCUACAACCUCAAUGUUGCCGUUCGACGGCAGGGUUUUUAAACAGUCUGGGGAUUGGUCUGGACAACUUUUUCAAAUGUAGGUUACUGUGCAUCUGCUGUAAGCACAGAGUCUGCAAGCUCGGAACAAUGCCAGAAUUACAGAUGGUAGUUUGCAUAGGCACCUGCUGAGGAAUUGCAGUUUUACCUCAAAUUCAGAGGCAAAAAAUUUAAGUAUGCAUAUAUGUGUAUGCACACUAUAUUGUUGAAUGUUUUUAUAAACCUGUAUGUAAGUUUUGUACCAAAUAACAUGACACCACAGCGUGGAACUAUUUAUAGUAAAUG